AUGAGGAGCCACGGACCGCCGCCGUCGCCUCAACAGUUACUAUCGCCGUCGCCCAAGCUUAAGCUCCGGGCCACGAACGAGUAUGGAGAGUACGACAAGGCUUCACUCAAGAUGUACGGGCUGGACAUGGUGAUCGAGCCGUUCCGCUCGACCACCGUCACCGCCGAGGGGAUGCUAAUAGAUUCACCCGCACACAUGUACGUGUGGCGGUUGCGGUACGCGGACCAGGAGGGGGCCCCGCAAAAUAGCGGCACCGCGGGAGAUGCCUGGAACUGCACCACCGGAAAGCCCCAGGUCACUGUAGAGCUAGAAAGACCGGGCACGGCCUACUUCCUGUCCGUGGAGAGCGUUGACGAGAACGGAAGGGUCAUCACUGAAGGGAAUAGCAAGGUAUCGUGUAAAUACGUCAGGCGUGAGAUCCGCGACCUGACGGAUAGGGACAGGGAAGCGUUUCUCGACGCCAUGCUCAUCUGGUACACCCUCCCGACCGACGUGGGCAAGGACAGAUAUGGUCCGAGCUUCAGCAACUACCAAGUCAUCACCGCCUAUCACAACGCCGACGUCGAGAACUUCUGCUAUCACAUCGGGCUGCAGUUCUUGACAAGCCACGCGGCCUUCGACCUCACCAUGGAGCGCUACCUUCAGAUGAUCGACCCCAGCGUUUCGCUUCCGAUGUGGGAUUUCAUGAUCGACUCCGCGUCCUUGGGGCACGAGUGGUACAACAGCGUCGUCUUCGACAAUGACUGGUUCGGCUCCGCUUUCGGAUCCCAGGAGAACGGCUACGCGAUCCCCGAGAGCCGCUUCGGCAACGUCUCCACGAUUUACGACCCGGACGGGACGCUGGUGGACAGCAGGAUAAGCUCUUACCACAACGCCUACGGCUACGUGACCUCGGCCUUCAACUACCAGGAUCUCCCGAGAAUGUCCCGCACCAGCUCGUUCUGCGGCGUGCCUUCGCACGCGGUUCUCUCGACGGCCGAGACGUUCGUGGACUGCUUCGACGGCGGUUACACCACGCUGUCUGGCUGGGAGUCCUGCAUGGAGACCAUGGUCCACGGCGACAUCCACGGUCUCCUGGGAGGCGCGUUCAGUUGCAAUACGGACAUGAGCGCCUUCUCCGAGGCCCACCCGGAGUAUUCCGCGGGGCUCCUCAGCUUCGUACUGGAGUACAUGACCUUCACCUUCUGGCCCACCAACAGCUUUAUCCCGCAGGCAAACGUUUGCCAGACGAGCUGUUCCACGGGACAAGACGAGAGGUUCUGCCGGUGCACGUGCAUGAUCGACGCCUUUGCCAUCGACGACAAGCAGGUCUACGCCUACAUGGAGGACUUCAUGACAUCAGCGAGCGUUAAGUUUCAGGGUGACCAGUACAUUUCGUACGACGGCGACGUUCGAUUCCCGUACGGGUUCAUGCAGGACCAAACCCGCCUCAGCGAUGAGGAGAACCUGCUGCUCAUGCGGUAUCUCAUCAAGAUUGGGUGCGAGCCCGGCGCCGUGGGGUCCAUGACGACACUCGCCAGCCCCCUAGACCCGUUGUUCUACAUGCUUCAUUCCAUGUUCGAGAAAGCGCUGCACAUCGUGUGGCUUUCGCCGAGGUACCGCGAUUCGUUCUCCAUGGACUGGGCUGAAGACGGGAUCUGCCCCGGGAGCGGCUACACGGACGAGCUCCCUUUCACGGAGUCCUUGUUGGGCCUGGGAGAGGGGACGACGUUCGUGACGAACGAGCGCCUCUUUGAGCUCUUGCACCCGUCGAACCCGGCGGUGCCGUACAUCUACGAAGAUUUCGCCAAGUGGGGCACGAGUGACUUGGAGCAGUGGGACCCGUACAACACUAAGAACGAGGGGUUUCCGCCGCUGUCGGAGAAGAAAGGGGAGGGCCACGGGAGAGAAUAA